GCUCAGGAUGUAUGACAGCUUUGGGGGAAUCUUAACGUCCACCUUAUUUCUCGUCAUCCUCAAGCCUGGCUGGGUGGCAUCCCAAGCAUGCUCGUACCCAUGCCAGUGUUCCUCACAGCCCCUCCAGUGCCCUGCUGGCACCAGCCUAUUGCUGGACAGCUGUGGAUGCUGCAAGGUGUGCGCCAGGCAGCUUGGCGAGACGUGCUCCCUCCAGAAGCCCUGCGACCACCAUAAAGGGCUGUACUGCAACUUCUCCAAAAUCCAGAGCGACGGUGGUAUCUGCUUAGCUCACGAAGGGGCUACUUGUGAUCUGCUGGGGAAAAUCUACCUGAAUGGCGAGACCUUCCAGCCCAGCUGCAAGUUGCAAUGUAUCUGCAUGGACGGCGCCAUUGGCUGCAUCCCCCUCUGCUCUGACGGCGUGAGGCUGCCUUCCCCUGACUGCCCAUUCCCCCGCCGGGUGAAGGUGCCAGACAAAUGUUGUGAAGAGUGGGUUUGCGAAGGGGGCAAACAGAAGGACCACUCUGGAAAGAGUAUGGCAGUUUACAGGGACCAUCCAUCCCCCAAACCCAAUUUCCAGCUCAACAACCUCCAAGAAAACUGCUUGCUGCAAACCACAGAGUGGAGCCCCUGCUCGAAGACCUGUGGGAUGGGCAUCUCUACACGGGUCACCAAUGACAACCCCCAGUGCCGACUGGAAAAGGAGAACAGGCUGUGCAUGGUCCGAUUCUGCAAUGUCCCUUUGGAGAAGAGUGUCAAGAAGGGGAAGAAGUGCGUGAAGAAUCCGAAACCCCGCCAAGCGAUCCACUUUGAGUUCACAGGUUGUACCAGCACCCGUGCCUACCGGCCCAAGUUCUGCGGUAGCUGUGUGGAUGGGCGCUGCUGCACUCCUCAUGCAACCAAAACGGUGGAAGUGGAAUUCCAGUGCCCGGAGGGGGACUCCUUUGUGCGCAAGAUGAUGAUGAUAAAAUCCUGCUCUUGUCAUUAUGAUUGCCCUGCGGACAAUGAUAUCUUCCUGGCUGUCUACCACAGGCGAAUGAUUGGGGACCACACCAAAACAGAGAGGCAAUAGGCUCUUCCCAUUAUGAGAGGACCAGGGUUCAUUGGCAGAACAUCUGCUCGGCAUGCAGAAGGUCCCAGAUUCAAACCACAGCAUCUCCAGUUAAAAGGAUAAGGUAGUCGGUGAUGGGAGAGACCUUUCCCUUAAAUCCUGGAGAGCCGUCAGUCUGAGUAGACAAUAAUGAUCUUGAUGGACCAGUUACCUGAUUCACUAAAAGGCAGCUUCCUGGUUCAUGUGUAUUCAUGCUUCUCAUUAAGGGAGCCGAUGUUUCUUCCGCAGUUGAUCCGUUGGACAAAGCCAAGACUAUCAAGUUGGUUCUCAAGCACAAAAGCUUUUUAACAAGGACAGUAGAUUGGAAGGGUUUGUGCCGUUGUUCACACCCAGUAUUUUGUGUUCUAAAACAGAAUCUAAGGCACCAGCCAAGACUCAGUGGAAAGCAAAGACCCAUACUUGUCAAAUGUUCAUGAAGCUUGGGAUCCAGCUCUAUAAAUAUCUGCAAAUCAGUCACUCCACAGGCUUUUGUGUAGUACGGAUAACACACCUAUCCCCUCACUUCCCAUGAUCCCACCGCUACUACCACUUGGUGUUUCUACCACAAACUUUAUCUAAAGGCUCCACUCCGGAGGCCAAAUUUCCAUGGACAUAGAAAUGAGAUCCAGUGCCAGCGCAACACGAAUACGUAUCCAGCUCUCUCACCUCUGACUUCAUAAUCCAUGCUUGGUUUGAGCAUAAGACCACUUUGGGAUAAUUUGCUCCAAACGUCGUGGGCUGCAUAAAUUGGAAGUAUUGUGUGAGUGCUCCCAGAGUUAGUGGCAAAGGGAAAUUUGGAAAGACCAGAAGCAUAAAGAUGGUGGCAAAACAUGAGAAAUUGUAACAUAGAGUUAUCAGUUUCUCAUGUCUCUGAGUCGUGAGAAAUUCCAAGGGUAGCAUUUAUCUGGGUUGGUUCUUUUUGGAGGGCACUGGAAACUUUGGUGUUUUUGAAAUAUUUGCUUUAUUUACAAAUAUAUAGUUAGAGCACAGGGCAAGAGAGCAGAUAUGCUACUCCUUGAGGGGUGGAGAGAGAGAUCCUGUAUCUGGAAGGUGCUACAGCCAACUGUUUCCAUGCUUCUUUCUCUCUUUUUUCUUCCAGAAUUUAAGCUAUUUCUUCACACAGACACACACAUCUACACCCUCACCAUAUAACUCUAAGCUCUAAUAGGUGCUUCAACAGAACCGUCUGUGGAACAUCUCUUAGUACAGAAGUCCUCAACAUUGUUGAGCCUGUGAGCACUUUGUGAAUGUUGAGAACAUUGCGUGGGCAUCGUCACAGAACUUCCUACUCUAGGAAUAGGCAAUCACAAAAUGGUUGCCUUGGAGGGCUAAGUCCAGCCAAUCACCAAAAAUUGGAGGUUCCAAGUCAAGCAUCGAUAAAUAAAUCGUAUCUUGGCCCCAGUAACCUAAUUAAAAGAUUCCAUGUUUGGGCCAUUAGCAGUCUAUCGUUUAGCAAUGGAAGCAUGAUUAUAGGUUGUGGUAAGUUGGUUCUGCUGGCUGGUGUGUGUGCAGGAGAGAAAAUAACAAAGCAUAAACUUGCUUGUACUUAGAAAGGAAAUAAAAGUUCUUUAUUGUAGGAACUCCAUACUCUGAGAGGAAAGUAGAGACAGAUCCUAUCUACCUAUCUAGUCUAAGGAUGGGCAUGGAUGCUAGGACAAGUCUUGCAUCCAUGGUUGCAAAAUAGAGUGAGGAGAAGGAGAGAGGUGAUGCCUGGAACAAAGCCAGGAACAGAAGAGUGAGAAGGAGGAAGUCAGGAGGAGGAAGUCCUGAGAAUAGCAGUCUACAUAUCAAAAGAUAGUCAGAGCAUAAACAGAGUGUCCUGACCUCUCUAUCUUUCUAACUCUUUGGUUUGUCCCCCUCUGAAACCUUAAGAAAGGGACAGUGCAAAGUCCUCCUCUUCCAACAGCAUCCUCCUGUGAACGAGGCAGCUGUUUCUCAAUGAGUGCUUCCUGAAGAUGCAAAGGUGGGACCUCUGAUCUUUUUGAAGCACCUCCUGCUCCAGUGAGUUGGAGGAAAGCCAGGAUAGACUUAUGCUUUAUGGAAGAGAAGCUUUGGAAAAGAAGGAAAUGAGCACCAGAAAUGCUCUGGUGGGCACCCUGGAACCCAUGGGCGCCAGGUUGGGGACCACUGUCCUAGUAAUUUGUGCCCGGUCAGAAAAUAUCUAUAGCCAUUAAGAAACAUUACCAUACAUAGGCCUGGCUCUCUUCAAAUAUUCCAGUACAGGGCAACUUGGAGCUGUCCCAGGUAAUUGUAUUGCAGUUCCACCCAGGGGUCAUUUCGUAGAAAAAGAGCUGGAGGAACUCAUUAGCAUAACUUAAGCAUCACUCAUUAGCA